GGAAUUUCUCGACACAUCAUCAUUAAAAAAAAAAACAUACCGAUGCAAACGAUGCAAUGAAAAUCGGAUGUUGAAAAUUUCCGAUCGGCCAUGAAAGGCGUCUCCUCGCCGCCCGAAGAUUAUGUCUACUUCAAAUUUCAGGUUCCUGUUCACAAGAUUUCCGUGCAAAAACGAAUUCAUGAAGCUGGGUACUAUGUUGAUGCGGACAUAACAGACAGAAAGAUUGAUAAAAAGGUGCGAGAAGCUCAGAUUGCGCAGUAUAACUACAUUCUGGUAGUGGGUGAAAGUGAAGCUGCUACAGGACAGGUGAGUGUUCGGAUAAGAGACAGUGCAGCCCACUUGGUGAAGAACAUCGAUGAUUUGCUGGAAGAAUUCAAGCCCAAGACUGCAUCUUCUCACUAGAUUCAUAGCUUUGUGUUUCCAUCUUAUCUAAUUUGGUUGAUUAGAUUUCUGAUGUUGAUGGAUAUAACUCAGGUAGGAAGAAACGCUGAUCAUCUUCCAGCUUUCUUCACGGUGUAUAAUAUGGAAACAUUGUAUCAUUCUAUCGGAACUCAGCAGAAGAUCUUUACCAAUUAUUUGAGCAAUUCAGUGAUCACUUUACAGUAUCAAGUAGUUCACCGUUCAUGAACUUUGUCACAUCACAUUCUAAUAGCGUCCAUGCUCUUGAACAACUAAAGUACAUGAACAACAAAGCAAACAGUUUUUCUGAGGAGUCAUUUAUGCUUACAAAUUCUGAAGAAAUUUAUGAAGGUUCAUCAUUAACACCUUUGUCUGAAAGGAGUAGUUCAAACCAUCCAGAUAAUCCGAUUCAAAACCAGCAUUCUGUGACCAAGAAGAUGAAAACUAAAAAGUCAGAAUAAGCAAUAUCAAUGAAUUGUUUAAUUUCGUGGUUUUUGUUAUACCUAAGCAUAUUAAACUUUUAUGUCCUUUAUGGUUUGCUAAAGAUAUUUAAUUAUUUCAAAUUUAUUAAGUUUGUUAUUUUAUUAUGAUCUACGUUUUUUUAAGUGCUCAAUAUUAUGUUUUUUUUUACAGUUUUUUCAAUGUUUAG